AUGGGAAGCGUUGUGGAAGAUCCUACAGUAUUAAAAUUGGGUUGCCCCACAAAGUUUGUAAAUGUCCUUAAACAACUUCACGAAGGGAUGCAAGCGAGGGUCUGUUCCGAAGGCCAGUUCUCCGACAGUUUCCCCAUAAAUAAUGACGUAAAACAAAGUUGUGUUGUAGCGCCGAUCCUGUUCAUCUUGUUCUUCGGGGCUAUGCUGAAAGACUGCUUAGAUGGUAAUGACAAAGGUAUUCGCGUGAAUUUCAGAACAAAUGGUGGAUUGUUCAACUUACAACGUCUGCGCGCCAAAACAAAGAUAAGAGAACAACUUGUAAGGGAAUUAUUAUUUGCGGAUGACUGCGGCAUAUUCGCUCACUCUGUAGAAGAUUUACAAUCGUUGAUGGACAGUUUCACAAAUGCGUCUAGACGCUUUGACUUGACAAUCAGCAUAAAAAAGACAGAAGUAUUAUGCCAACCACCACCAGGAGUGCUUCUAGAUAAACCAUCAAUCAUUGUGAACGGUCAAAAACUGAAAACAACUAAAACAUUCCCGUAUCUUGGUAGCACAAUAUCCAAUGAUGAGCAAUUACACCAUGAAAUCGAAAGAAGGAUAGCAAAAGCCAGCUCCUCUUUUGGAAGACUCAAAGAUCGUGUAUGGAAGAGUCAUGAUAUCAAACUAGAAACAAAAAUAGCUCUGUUCAAAGUAGUUGUUAUAUCAACGCUCCUGUACGGCGGGGAAACAUGGACCCUGUAUGCCAGGCACAUAAAAAAACUAGAAGCUUUCCAGCAACGAUCCCUCCGUAGCAUUAUGCGGGUAAAAUGGGAAGAAAAGACGCCACACAGCGAAGUGCUAGAGCGGGCAAAAUGUUGUAGCGUUGAAAGCAUUCUGAAAAAAAGGCAGCUUCAGUGGGCUGGUCAUAUUGUGAGAAUGGAUGAUGAACGAUUACCUAAAAUAUUGUUGUACGGGGAGUUACAACAAGGAAACCGAAUGGUGGGAAGACCGCGAAAAAGGUAUAAGGAUAGCCUGAAAGAUGCGCUAAAGUCGUGCAAUGUUCCGCUGCAAUCUUGGGAAACACGUGCAGAAGAUAGGGCUUCAUGGCGAACUGCAAUCCAUACUGGUGUUCAAUCAUUUGAAGCAGGCCGGACAGAGAGAAUACGACAAGCCCGACUCCCGCGUAAAUGGCCAGAUCAAGCUGAUGCAACAGGAUUCACGUGUGAUGUGUGUCAACGGCCCUGUGCGAGCCGAGCGGGUUUGGUGGCUCAUGGGAGAGUUCAUAGACG